AUGAAUUCCUUGCGGCAAUCGUGUCGCCCCAAGCACCAGGUGCUGAUUCUGAAGUGCUACCCGCGCCUGCAGAAGGGAUACCGCGAGGAGGAGGUCAAGCCCAACAGCUCCGAGCUGAGCUACCUGCUCUUCUACGCAAGCUCGCGGAGAACCAAGCUGGUCAAGGUCGGCGACUUUUUGGACAAGAGGACCGCCGGGGAUGUUUGGAGGAGCAGAAUCGCGAGCGUCCUUGUCACCCUACAGAUCCUCCAGGCGCUGAUCGAAAAAUGCCCGAAAGACAUCCCGCUCUAUGCGAACAGCGUCCUCAGCGUCUUGCGCACCGUCCUCCGCUCCAAUGAUGUCACCAUGGUCGAGGCAUCCGUGCCCAUGUUCGAGGCCUUCUGCGAACACCAGGAUCCGGCGGCCCUCGCUGCGGACAACGAAUACCUCACCCAGUACGAGGAAAUCGUGCAACUGUACGCGCAGUUCUCAAACAAGGAGGACCAGCAACCCGCGCAGGCUGGUGUACCCCUGAGCUGGCCUGUCGCCAUUCGAUUCCGGAAGGCCGGCCUGCGCGCGGUCAAGGCUGUGGCUGGCUCGGAAAGCUUGAGUGCCGGCAAGCAACUGGAUGUCAUAGUUCCCGUCAUUCUCGUCAACUUGUACGCGGAAAACGGUGCUUACCUGACCCGGCUGGAAAUUCGGGACAAGGAGAAGGAGCAUCAUGACAAGGAGACCGCAUACGCCAGGAGGAAAAGUACGUCGACGGUACCUGGGGAGAAUGAAGGAGACGCACUUGCCGCCUCGGGAACCACGGAGGACGCGGACAAGAUUGCCGAAGAGGAGGCUGGAAUCAUCGCGCUUCAGGCGUUACGGAACAUCUUCACGAUUGUCAGCCGGGACCAGUUACGACGGGCCACCCUCGCAGCGCUGAAGUUCAUUACGUCAAAAACCAAGUCGAGCGAGCAUUUCCCCAACGGCGUCGUCGACGGUUCGUGGCCGGCAGAGCUGUGUGGUAUGAUGUGCAGUUGGGCGCCUGUUCAGGACCGCUACGUUAUCCUUGUCACUGCUUCCAGUUCGCUGGUCCGGAGUAAUGCUGUCGAGAGUGACUUUGAGCGGCAAUACAUCCUGGCCUCGCUCGUCGCUUGGCUCCUCGGCGAUCUGCGCAUCAACUUCAUCGGCCUGAGCGUCAUGGAUGUGCUGGUUGGCUUGAUGGGCCACAUCCUUACGCUCCUGCAAGUGGGCGGCCCUGCUUCUCUCAUGAACGGAAUGGAUGCAAAGGCAAGCAAGGACAGCAUUGCAGCUCCUCAGGAAAGCACCGCCGAUGCCAGCGAGCGGGCGACGACACCAAGCGAAGCGCGACAAAAACUCGUACAACAGCUGAAGAAGUGCGUGUCGAACCUGGCGACGCACAUCUACUACACCGACCAGAUUCCCGACAUGCUUACCGCCGUUCUCUCCCGUUUGAAGCCGGCCGGUGCUCCCAACAACUCCAUGGCUUCCAACACCGCGGCGGCCAUUGAGGAUCCCAGAGGUACCGUCGAGUCGGUGGCCAGCUCAGCACACCUGCACGAGAAUCCGGGCGCGGACAACUUCUUCUCGUUUGAAACAGCGAGAGUGAUUGCUCUGGAGGCUAUCAAGGAUAUUCUGCACAUUGCAAACGCGCAUGGCAAGGAUGUGGCCCGCGGAAAGGGCCACGUCGGUCGGAGCCGCACCGGUGUUGAUACGUGGGAAGGCACGCAGUGGUUGCUCCGCGACCCCGGUCCCAAGGUGAGGAGGGCGUACGCGGACGCACUGCUCGUCUGGUUGGAGUUGGAGCUCAAGAAGACGGACCUCCGAGCAGUGCCCGAGGCCUAUUCCUCCGGCAAGGGCGAGAAGAAGGAGAGGAAGGAGGGCGACAGUCUGGUGCGGAGAGCCGUCAGCAACGCGACCAGCCCGGGCUCACCGAGGGACAAGAGCCCCAGGAGAUUCCGGACGAGCUUCCUCCAGUUGCUUCACCUCGCCGUGUACGAGAACGCGCACCAGUUUGCGUCUGCAAACGGGCUGGAGGCCGACCAGGAGAUUCUGAUUCUGCACCUUCUCUUGACUCGCCUGGUGGCAAAGCUUGGGGUCAACGCUCUCUGCACCGGUUUGCCGAUGGUUUUCCGUCUGCAGGAGGACAUCCCGACUAUCGAGGGCGCAGCGGCGAAGGUUCGCCUUGGUAGUCUGGUCCACGGCUACUUCUGGGCGCUUUCUACCAGCUUCAACUUCGCUGCCAGUCACUCCGGAAUGGUGAUCGGGAACGAGAUCAACCGGCGAAAGGAGGCGGGUAUGUGGUUGGAGGGCGUCUCUGUGCCGCCCGCCGAAUUCAAGGAUAUCGAGUCGGUGGCAGGUCUGAAGGGCUUGCCGGCCGAGGUGGUUGACCACCAGGCGCUCAAGCCAUUCGACAACCGUCAGGAUCUCGUGGAUCACAUUGCGGAGGGAUACACGGACAAUGUUUACUCACCGCCCAACAGCGCCCCCGGCAGUCCUAACCGGUCAUUCUCUGUCUCUCUUAGCAUUCCGAACAUUUCUGGCGGUGGAUUCAUGGAUGAUCACAGGGACUCUCAGCUCCCGAAGUCGAAUGUCCUGCCGCAGAAGGUCAGAGACCAGAUGCUGGAGUCCUGGAACAAGGAAGAGGUGCUCGCGGCCAUGGCAUCAAACCAGGACGCCAGUUCGCAGUCGGGAAGCCUCAGCAUCUCGCACCGGACCAAGCGAGCCCACACGUACUCCUCAGUGGCUACCGCCGGAGGUGACGCGCGGGCAUCGAACGGAUACCUGGGCGUCACCAUCCCCACCGGCCACGUCAGCCCCAUGCCGUCGCCUUCGAUGAUGAACCACUAUCACCGCUCCGCCCUGUCCGGCUUGAACGACGGCAACCGCGGCGGCCCCAACUCGAGCUCGUCGGCGCGCUCGGCCAUCCGCCUCGACGACCUCAAGCGGGUCCUGUCGGAGAAGGGCGAGAACCCGCUGCCCAUGACGCGCCGCGGCCGCAGCGCAGAGGGCGACGACGACGACGCCGGCGACAGCGACAGCAUGGUCUCGGCCGACUUCAGCACCAGCGAGUACAGCUACGCCGCACCGGGCUCCAGCUACAGCCACGGCACCACCGAAGAAGGCGGCGGCAACAGCAAUCAAACGCGCCCACCCCUCUCCACCAUCCCUUCGUCCUCCAUGGGCCUCGACGACGUCGCCGCCGACCCCUACGCCCCGCCCGUCCCGCACAUCCCCGCCGCCUUCGCGGGCGAAGGCACCCCCGCCAUGACGACGACUCCUCCCCCACCACAAUCGUCUGCCGACGCCUCCGCUGCUGCCGCCGACGCGGCGGGCCAGCAGCGCCCCCGCACCGCGACGCAGGGCUCGCGCAACAACAGCCUCGCCGCCGGCGCGGGGACGACGGCCAACGGCACCGCCCGCGCCAGCCGCAGCGUCAAGAGCCGCGCCGGCCAGAGCACCAAGAGCGGCCGCGGCCGGUCCCGGAGCAGGAGCGUGGUGACGACGGGAGGAGGGGGCAGGCGGAUGGACGUGGGCGGUCUGCUGGCUGGGAUAGGCGUGGACGGGGAUGAUGACGAUGAUGACAUUCUUGGUAGGGGGGGUGCUGCUGGGCACGGGGGGAAUGGUGGGGGGUUGUUGGGGGUGGUUAAUGCGCCGUAUUGA